UUCCGACAGUAUGCUCCCCAAAAAGACCACGCUACUCGGGCGCAUGUAUCGUACUUUACGUAAGACGGCGCAGCUCUCCAAACACCAUCCGGUGACCUACGAGUAUUUCCGAAGCUACCCAGCUGUGGUCGCCGAACGACAGAGACAACUGCUGGAGGAAGAAGGAAACGUUAUACACCCUCUUAGUUUGUUCAGCCUAGUUUGGAUGUCGGUGAUGAUGAUGGUAAAUCUAAUGCACAUUGUCGUAUCGAGUUUUCGGCUGUUUUUUAUCCUACAGCCAAUCGACGACCCGGAGAUACAUUGGUUAGAUCUGUUGAUGGUAGGCCUGCAGCUCGUCUGUCUUAUCGACAUCUUGAUCAAGCUCAAUACGGGAUAUUUAAACAAAAGUAAUUUCUACAUCGUUAUGAACAAGAAAUCCAUCUUCUACCACUACCUUCGUCGAUGGUUCAUUGUGGAUCUGGCAUCCAGCCUGCCAGCAGUCUACGUCGUCACUUACCUGAAAGCUAGCAAUCGGUUGCAGCUGAUAGCACAUAUAAUGGCUCUACUCAGAACCCCCAAAAUUUAUGAAGUGGCUAUUGAUCUGAAGAUUUUUUUGAAGUUGUUUACGGAGUCGUACAUCGUGCAUGGUCUGGUCCGUCUGUCCGUGAUGUUUGUGCUGUCCUCACAUUGGUGCAGCUGCCUCAUGUACUGCCCCGCUGUCAUCGUAUACUACUGGUCGGGUGAGAUGCCAACACAUUACAACUACUACAUGCGUACAGGCCCCGGCAAGAAAGACUUAAUGGGAUACGACCUGACCACCCGAUUCAAUAAAGCUAUUAUAAUCGCUCUAUCCGCCUUCUUUGGUACCGGAUUUACCUUGUUUCGCUCAACGGAACCAGACGAAAUCUUGAUUCAUUCAGUAAUAAUUGUCUACGCUGCCAUGUUUAUGGUGUUUACGUUAGGUAAGUACUAUGAUAAGUUUUAAAGUGUUCAAAAUAUCUAAAAUUAUUAGAGUUAUACAAUUAGGAAAAUGCA